GCAACGCCAUGGAGCUCCUUGAUAAAGAGGCGCUGAACACACUGCAGCCGCCCGAGUUCAGAAGUGAAAAUUCGCUAGCAUCUACCCUGAAGACACUCCUGUUCUUCACAGCUUUAAUGAUCACUGUUCCUAUUGGGUUAUACUUCACAACAAAAUCUUAUAUAUUUGAAGGUGCCCUUGGGAUGUCCAAUAGGGAUAGCUACUUUUAUGCUGCUAUUGUUGCAGUGGUUGCAGUCCAUGUGGUGCUGGCCCUCUUUGUGUAUGUGGCUUGGAAUGAAGGCUCAAGUCAGUGGCAUGAAGGCAAACAGGAUUAAGUCAACAUCACUU